UCUGUCUGCACUACAUCAGACUCUGCCUGCCAAGGAUCUGACGCUCGUGGCAGGGUUGUCAUCUGCGGCGGCUCCUAGUGCCAGCUAGUGCAUAGCUCAUGAGUGUUCGGUUGAGGAGUAUUCCGCCCUGACGCGGUUAGCUGUGCGUCUUUCCGCUUCCGCGUCGUCAUCUUCUCCUGCCUUACCCAGCCGCAUCACCAACGUUCGGUAAGCCGCUUGUGUUGUGAGGCACGGAGGGGACGACGCUUGGAAGGAAGGCAGGUGAAGGAUUUAUCGUGAGGGUGGUAGGCGCCAGCUUCGGAACACGGGCUGGAAGCAGACUCGCACCACGAGCCACAGCAGUAAGCGUUACUGGAAGGAUUAACAGACUCAAAUCAGCAACAGACACGUGGCGCAUUACGAUCCACCAGCAUGUCUCGUCGACUAGCACAGCAGGUGGCAGGCAUCGGCUUCAGCAGCCUCAGCCGAGCCUUUCAGCCUGCUGGGCCAUCCCUAGGUGCAGGCUUCCCAGGACCUCUACUGGAGGUGCUCUCCCAGCACGCACCGCCUGCAGGUGCAUGGUCGCUCGUGCAGCAGCGCAGCGCCACGAAGAAGGCCAUGGGGUCCACUCAGAAUGGCCGAGACUCGCAGCCCAAGCACCUGGGAGUCAAGAAGUCCGGCGGACAGGGAGUGGUGGCUGGCAAUAUUAUUGUGAGGCAAAGAGGAACCCGGUUCUACCCUGGGGACUUUGUAGGCAUGGGGAGAGACCACACUCUAUUUGCUCUCAAGGAUGGCCGAGUGAGGUUUGAGACGCGCUUCACCCCCACUGGCUUCCAGCGCAAGUAUGUUCACGUUGAUCCAAACGGGGGUGCGCCUCUUCACCCUGCCCUGGCUAACCUCAAGGGGAUGAUUGAGGGUUUGGAGCAAAGGAAGAGAGAAAUCAUGGCAGGUAAACUAGAGACCACUAGACAAUGAGUAGCAUUCGAGCCCAUGUAGGUGAUGAAUGGAAUUGUAUUCACUAUUGAUGAGAAUUACUGAACUA